UCUCUUUUCACCAGGCCACCCGCUGCCGCCGGUUCCUUUCCUUUCAUUUCCUCAUCCGCCGCGACCAGUCCAGAACCGGUCCAACACUAGCUUGUCCCACGACACAAACGCACCACACCAUGGCCGCUUCGGUCGAGCCACGGCAGCCGUUCGGCCGCCUCGACGCGCCGGCCACCGCUCCAACUGCUCGUGCCCCCGGCUCGAACGGCAUCCGUCGCCGCGCCGACUCCCCGGUGCGCGGCUGCGGGUUCCCCUCGCUCAUUUCGCCGCCACGGAAGGGCCGCGUGGCGGAGGAGGACGAGGAAGACGACGAUGAGGAUGACGAGGGGCAUGAGGACUGGAGGGAGGCGUACGGGUCGCACCUGCAGCUGGAGGUGGAGCCGUCGACGCGCGACCCGCGCGACGAGGGCACGGCCGACGCCUGGAUCGAGCGCAACCCGUCUCUGAUCCGGCUCACCGGCAAGCACCCGCUCAACUGCGAGCCUCCGCUGGCCCGGCUGAUGCACCACGGCUUCAUCACCCCGGCGCCGCUCCACUACGUCCGCAACCACGGCGCCGUGCCCCGCGGCGACUGGGCCACCUGGACGGUGGAGGUGACUGGCCUCGUCCGCCGCCCCGCGCGUCUCACCAUGGACGAGCUUGCCAACGGUUUCCCCGCGGCCGAGGUGCCGGCCACGCUCGUCUGCGCCGGCAACCGGCGCAAGGAGCAGAACAUGGUGCAGCAGACGGUGGGUUUCAACUGGGGCGCGGCGGGGGUUUCCACGUCCGUGUGGCGCGGCGCGCGGCUCCGCGACGUGCUGCUCCGGUGCGGCGUCAUGUCGAAAAAGGGGCAGGCCCUGAACGUGUGCUUCGAGGGCGCCGAGGACCUCCCCGGCGGCGGCGGCUCCAAGUACGGCACGAGCGUGAGCCGGGAGUGGGCGAUGGACCCGUCACGCGACAUCAUCCUCGCCUACGCGCAGAACGGGGAGCCGCUGCUGCCGGACCACGGCUACCCGGUGCGCGUCCUCAUCCCGGGAUGCAUCGGCGGCCGCAUGGUCAAGUGGGUGCGGCGGAUCGUGGUCACCACCGCCGAGUCCGACAACUACUACCACUUCAAGGACAACCGGGUGCUGCCGUCCCACGUCGACGCCGAGCUCGCCAACGCCGAGGCAUGGUGGUACCGCCCAGAGUACAUCAUCAACGAGCUCAACACCAACUCCGUCAUCACCACCCCGGGGCACGACGAGAUACUACCCAUCAACGCCUUCACCACACAGCGCGCAUACACCAUCAAGGGAUACGCAUACUCAGGCGGUGGCAAGAAGAUCACACGAGUGGAGGUGACGCUGGACGGCGGCGAGAGCUGGAUGCUGUGCACGCUCGACAUCCCGGAGAAGCCCAACAAGUACGGCCGGUACUGGUGCUGGUGCUUCUGGUCGGUAGAGAUCGAGGUGCUGGACCUGCUGGGCGCCAAGGAGGUGGCGGUGCGCGCGUGGGAUCAGACCCACAACACCCAGCCGGAGAAGCUCAUCUGGAACCUCAUGGGCAUGAUGAACAACUGCUGGUUCAAGAUCAAGGUCAACGUGUGCCGCCCCCACAAGGGCGAGAUCGGGCUGGUGUUCGAGCACCCCACGCAGCCCGGGAACCAGACCGGCGGAUGGAUGGCGCGCCAGAAGCACCUCGAGACGGCCGAGGCGGCGGCGCCGGGGCUCAAGCGGAGCACGUCCACGCCGUUCAUGAACACCGCCGGGGACAAGCAGUUCACCAUGUCCGAGGUGCGCAAGCACGGGUCCAAGGAGUCGGCGUGGAUCGUGGUGCACGGCCACGUCUACGACUGCACCGCCUUCCUCAAGGACCACCCCGGCGGCGCCGACAGCAUCCUUAUUAACGCAGGAUCCGACUGCACCGAGGAGUUCGACGCCAUCCACUCCGACAAGGCCAAGGCGCUGCUCGACACCUACCGCAUCGGCGAGCUGAUCACCACGGGGACGGGGUACAACUCCGACAACUCGGUGCAUGGAGGGUCCAGCCUAUCCCACCUCGCACCGAUCCGCGAGGCCACCAAGGUCGCCGGCGCGCCCAUCGCGCUCUCCAGCCCGCGCGAGAAGGUCCCAUGUCGCCUCGUCGACAAGAAGGAGCUCUCCCACGACGUCCGCCUCUUCCGCUUCGCGCUGCCGUCCUCCGACCAGGUGCUCGGCCUCCCCGUCGGCAAGCACAUCUUCGUUUGCGCCACCAUCGACGGCAAGCUCUGCAUGCGCGCCUACACGCCGACGAGCAUGGUGGACGAGAUCGGGCAGUUCGAGCUGCUCGUCAAGGUCUACUUCAGGGACGAGCACCCAAAGUUCCCCAACGGCGGGCUCAUGACGCAGUACCUGGAGUCGCUCCAGGUCGGCUCCUCCUCCAUCGACGUCAAGGGCCCGCUUGGCCACGUGGAGUACACCGGCCGCGGCAACUUCGUCAUCAACGGCAAGCAGCGCCGGGCGCGGCGGCUGGCCAUGAUCUGCGGCGGCAGUGGGAUCACGCCCAUGUACCAGGUGAUCCAGGCCGUGCUGCGGGACCAGCCGGAGGACGAGACGGAGAUGCACCUGGUGUACGCCAACCGGAGCGAGGACGACAUCCUGCUGCGCGACGAGCUGGACCGGUGGGCGACGGAGUACCCCGACAGGCUCAAGGUGUGGUACGUGAUCGACCAGGUGAAGCGGCCGGAGGACGGGUGGAAGUUCAGCGUCGGGUUUGUGACGGAGGACAUCCUCCGGGCGCACGUCCCCGAGGGCGGCGACGACACGCUCGCACUCGCCUGCGGGCCGCCGCCCAUGAUCAAGUUCGCCAUCUCCCCCAACCUGGAGAAGAUGAAGUACGACAUGGCCAAUUCCUUCAUCUCCUUCUGAUCGGUGAAACAUUUCCCCUCUCUAGUAGUACCUACUCAUAGGUAGCAUGGAGCUGCCUAAGCUAUAUACACCUACGCGUCGACGCAUCAACCUGUGGAUGGAUGUACCCAAUGUUUAUACGUGUUGUGUUUGUUCAUUAGAGAACCGUACGUACGUGCAUGAAUAUGAUUGCAUGAAUUAUACUGUACGUACAUUGGACAUAUAUAUACCGAUCGAUGUUUUGCCCUCA